CAAUCGGAGUCACGGCUAUAUUACUUCGACGUUAGCGAGCGCAGGUGCCCAUAGCUAAUAUGGCGGCCGCCGGCUUCAAGGAGAUCUCUGGAGAGCAAACCAAGCCGGCACCCACUUUUGACAUCCGGCCGGAUGGCUGCUUGUCGUCGGCUCUGUGACUCUUUCCUUCCCAGCACGCUUUGCGCGGGGGUGGCAGGUGGGGCCGGGCUGUGCUCAGAAAAGUCAAAAUGGCGGACUUCGAGGAUCGGGUGACGGAUGAAGAGAAGGUGCGUAUAGCUGCAAAGUUUAUCACCCAUGCACCUCCUGGAGAAUUCAAUGAAGUGUUUAACGAUGUUCGGUUGCUGCUUAACAAUGACAAUCUCCUUAGGGAAGGGGCAGCACAUGCAUUUGCCCAAUACAACAUGGAUCAGUUUGCUCCUGUGAAAAUAGAUGGUUAUGAUGAUCAGGUCUUAAUCACAGAACAUGGUGAUCUUGGUAAUGGCCGGUUUUUAGACCCAAGGAACAGGAUUUCUUUUAAGUUUGAUCAUUUAAGGAAAGAAGCAAGUGACCCCCAGCUGGAGGACAUAGAUACAGCACUAAAAUCCUGGAGAGAUGCCUGUGAUACUGCGUUAAGAGCAUAUGUCAAAGAUCACUAUCCACAAGGGUUUUGCACUGUUUACAGUAAGACUAUAGAUGGACAGCCAACAGUCAUUGCUUGCAUUGAAAGUCACCAGUUUCAGCCUAAAAAUUUCUGGAAUGGGCGCUGGAGGUCAGAAUGGAAGUUUACCAUCACGCCACCAACAGCUCAGGUGGCUGCGGUGCUCAAGAUCCAGGUGCAUUACUAUGAAGAUGGUAACGUGCAGCUGGUUAGUCACAAAGAUAUACAAGAUUCUGUAGCUGUUUCGAAUGAUGUCCAAACAGCCAAGGAAUUCAUUAAAAUAAUUGAACAUGCAGAGAACGAUUAUCAGACAGCAAUCAGUGAAAAUUAUCAGACUAUGUCAGACACCACAUUCAAAGCCUUACGCCGCCAACUGCCAGUCACCCGCACCAAGAUUGAUUGGAACAAAAUCCUCAGCUACAAAAUUGGCAAAGAAAUGCAGAAUGCCUAAGACAUUGGAAAUGUUCGCAUGCAAAAACAAGCAUAACAGAAAAUAAAAUACAAUAAAGCAAAUGUGGUCUUAUGCCAAGCUGGUGGGCUUUCUGACACCUUGGCACUUGUCUGGGUCUGUCAGAGUCAACAGGUUUUCUAGCCUUCUGAAGGACUGUCAGCACAUACUGUACUGUUGUCUUGUUUUCUGUGUCUCUGCCUUGUAAACUUCAUACACAGAUGUAAAAAUGCAUUUCCUAGUAGGCUUUCUGCAUUUGCCCACUUUGGAAUCAGUGCUAAAUGUCCUUUUAUUGAUUGGAAAACCUCUUAUCUAAGAAAGUACUAAGAAAUCAAGCUGGUAAUAAUAGGUAUACUUCUGCCAGCACUCCAGCUCUUAUAUUCAUUUUAGUAGGACUGUUUGCACCUUUAUGGUGUCAUACUUCACCAGAUACCACUGGUCCUAACUUGUUCUAAUCUGACCUUCUCUUGCCCUUGCAUACCUGCCGGUCACCACCUAGCAAUAUCUUCUAAGCUUUGCUUUUUAUGUUUGCAAGGUGUUUACAAGACUCCUUUCAGAAAUCCCAAGAAGGCCAGGUGCUCUGGAAAGGUGGGGUUUUUUUUGUGGGAGUUGUUUUUGUUUUUUUUUAAUCCAAAGACUUGAGCCACAUUUUCUUCAAGUGAACUAUUUUUCUCUCUUGACUUUUCUUGAAAGUAUAGUUAAUAUAGAUAUCCACAUUUUUACAGGAUCGGUUCUUCAUUUUUCUCUUUUAAUACUUGUCAGAUUGCUGCAGAGACACUGUUUAGAUAAAGAAAUUACAAAAUUUAAAGGCUGUAAAUGUUUAAUAAACAUUGGGAUUAUUGUGCUUUAAUGCUUUGUGGCAAGUUGGUGGCAUUUGUACCAGAGAUGUAUAAUUGAGCGUGUCAAAAUGGUUAAUAAAAGAUUGCACCAAAGCAUA